AUUUCUUGUUUUGUUGGCAGGUUGAAUUGUGCGUUCGAGAAAGGUCAUUUGACUGCAUUUCCCAGUUGAUCUCGACGAACCCUUUUGUGCGAACACGUUUCAUUUAGUGGUGCCAGGUGAAGUGUCCUGUAACCAGUUAAAAUGAGUGUUUUCGGGAAGAUGUUUCGAGGAAGAAAAAAUGAUGGACCACAAACUACGCAAAGUCCCAUUGAGAAGCUUUAUGAGAUGGAGGAUAUGUUAACUAGAAGGAAGGACUUCCUUGAAGAGAAGAUCACGGGAGAGCUCGAAAAUGCCAAAAAGUAUGGCACCAAAAACAAAAGGGCUGCCCUCGCUGCUCUGAAACGUAAGAAGCGUUAUGAGCUACAAGUUCAGCAGGUUUAUGGCACACUGUCGGCGAUCGAGAGGCAGAGGGAGGCUUUGGAAGGCACGACCACGAGUCGAGUAGUCCUCGCCACGCUGGGCCAAGCUUCUAAGGCGCUCAAGGCUGCUCAGAAGAACACGGAUGUCGAUGAG